GGAUUCGGUAGAUCUAUAAGCACGAGCUGACAGGAAGUCAACAGAAAGAUGUUUUCAAAUGAUCGCCCCAGGAUUGCCUCUGAAACGGAGUUUUUCUUCGUUUUUUAAAGUCAAUGGAUGACCACGGUUGUAAAUUAUAGCCAAAGCAAACAACACCAGCAACCAAAAAAAAAAAAAAAAAAAAAAAACAGCACCUAACACCAUACAGCACUAUGGACGAUUGAGCUGCCUGUCUGGUUCGGAAUUUUACUUAGUGUAGCUAUUCAUCAUUAAUAGUCGAAAUGGAGCUAUUUCAAGCCAAAGAUCAUUACAUUCUACAGAGCGGAGAGCACGCACUCUGGUGCAGCAGAAAAGAUGGGACAAUGGAAGUCAGACCUGCCACGGACCUGUUGCUGGCAUGGAACCCCAUCUGCCUAGGACUGGUGGAGGGUAUUAUAGGGAAGAUCCAGCUUCACACUGAUCUUCCUCUAGACCUGAUCAUGAUCAGACAGAAAGCACUGGUUGGCAAGCUGCCAGGCGACCACAGUGUCUACAAGAUAACCAAGAUAGCAGUCAUACCUCUCUCAGAAGAUGAACCACAGGAACUGGAGCUGGAGCUGUGUAAAAAGCAUCACUUUGGGAUCAACAAACCCGAGAAGAUCUCCCAGUCCCCCGAUGAGUCCAAGUUCUUGCUGAAGACUCUCAGCCAGAUCAAGUCCAACGUCGCUGUGCCCAUGAAGAAAAAGGUAAAGGAAAAUAAGGAGAAGGAGAGAUUGGAGAGGCGACUCCUGGAUGAAUUGUUCAAGAUAUUCAUGGACUCAGACUCCUUCUACUACAGUAUGACGUACGACCUCACGAACACAGUGCAGAGGCAGGGGAACACAGCAAAGACCAACCUGCCACUUUGGCAACGGGUAAGGACAAGGUUCUUCUGGAACAAGCACAUGAUCCAGGAGCUUAUUGACCUGCAGGUUGAGCUGUUAGACUAUUGGGUGAUCCCUAUCAUCCAGGGCUUUGUUCAAGUGGAGGAGUUGGUGGUGAACUAUGCUGAAGGCUCGGACGAGGAGAAGAGCAGCCCGGACACGCCCAUGCAGGAGCUCACCUGUGUGGAUGACAUUCACCCUCGCUUCACUGUGGCCCUCAUUUCACGGCGGAGCCGGCACCGUGCAGGGAUGCGGUACAAGCGCAGAGGGGUGGAUAAGAAUGGCAACGUGGCAAACUAUGUGGAGACAGAGCAGCUGAUCCACGUGCACAGCCACACUCUCUCCUUUGUCCAGACACGGGGCUCCAUCCCUGUCUUCUGGAGUCAGGCUGGCUACCGCUACAACCCACGCCCCCGCCUUGAGAAAGGGGAGAAAGACACAGUCCCUUAUUUUUCUGCGCACUUUGAAGAACAGUUAAAGAUAUACAAGAAGCAGGUUAUCAUUAACUUAGUUGAUCAGACUGGGAGAGAGAAGCUGAUUGGUGAUGCGUAUCUCAAACAAGUGCUACUCUUCAACAAUCCCAACCUGACCUAUGUGUCCUUUGACUUCCAUGAGCACUGUCGAGGGAUGAAGUUUGAGAAUGUACAGACCCUCACUGAUGCCAUCAGUGACAUCAUUACAGACAUGCGCUGGGGCUGGGUGGACCAAGCUGGGGUGAUCUGCCAACAGGAGGGCAUUUUCCGGGUAAACUGCAUGGACUGCCUUGACAGAACCAAUGUGGUCCAAGCUGCCAUCGCCCGUGUUGUCAUGGAGCACCAGCUGAAGAAGCUUGGCGUGAUGCCACCUGAGCAGCCUCUUCCCCUGAAGUGCUACAGGAUAUACCAGAUCAUGUGGGCCAACAACGGAGACACCAUCAGCCGCCAGUAUGCUGGCACAGCUGCCCUAAAGGGGGAUUUCACCAGGACGGGAGAGAGAAAACUAGCGGGUGUGAUGAAAGACGGCGUGAACUCAGCCAACCGUUACUAUCUGAACCGCUUCCGGGAUACAUACAGGCAAGCUGUCAUUGAUCUGAUGAUGGGCAUCCCAGUGACAGAGGAUCUGUACUCCAUCUUCAGCAAAGAGAAGGAGCAUGAGGAGAAGGAGCGGGAGAGCCAGAGGGGCCAGCAGGAGCAGGUCAACCUCCUCCUGCAGACCUACAUGCAGCUGCUGCUGCCCGACGAUGAGAAGUUCCACGGGGGCUGGGCCCUCGUCAACUGUGACCCCAGCCUGAUCGAUGCCACCCAUAAGGACGUGGACGUGCUCCUGCUGCUGUCAAACAGCGCUUAUUACGUGGCCUACUAUGAUGAUGAAGCUGAUAAAGUCAACCAAUAUCAGAGACUUGGCCUUGAGGGUUUGGAAAAGAUUGAAAUAGGCCCUGAGCCCACACUUUUUGGCAAGCCCAAGUUCUGCUGUAUGCGACUGCACUAUAGAAAUGGGGAAACGAGUGGCUACUUCCAUACCCUGAGAGCAGCCACACGGAACCCAGAGGAUGAUGGGAAAGAUACUCUGCAGUGUAUUGCUGAAAUGCUUCGCAUUGGAAAGCAGGCCAUGGGCCUCGACCUGCCGGUGAUAGAGAAGAAGCUAGAGAGGAGGCACAGCAAACCUCAUGAGGACAUUUUAGGCAUUCGAUCUAAGAACCAGGACCAGGUGCUGGGCAGCUCAGGCCUUGCUCAAGGCCGAAACUUCCUCAUGAACAAAUUUUCAUCCCUCAACCAAAAGGUGAAGCAAACCAAAUCCUCCGUCAACAUCGGCAACUUCAAGCCACUGGGCAAGCUUGGGAACUUCUCCAAGCCAGACAUGACAGUAAACUUCCUGAAGCCAAACAUGAAGGUCACAUUGUGGAAGUCUGACAGCAGCCUGGAGACCACCGAUGCCAACCCGGGCUCAGGGGCCCUGAAGGACCUGUCAGACCCGUCGGACCUAGAGAUCUCCUCAGACUCUGACUCAUGCCACUCGGACGAGCAGCCGCACUCAGCCUCCCUGGAGAAUGUGGACUACGUGCUCCCCAGCUGCGGCAUUGUGGCCUCGGCACCGCGCCUCGGCAGCCGAUCACAGUCCAUCAGCAGUGUGGAGCUGGUCAUCCCCUCUGUCAUCCGCGUCACUGCCUGCGACAGCAAGCAGGAGGCCCUGGCGCAAGCUGCCCUCGACGACCAGUCCCCAGAGCUUGCUGCGGAGGCUGAGGAGGGCCUCUUGGCAAACUUCGGAACUCCCAUCGAUGCCUACUGCCAGCAGUUUGUCCAGGAUGCCCAGACCAAGUGCGGUGUGCCGGUGGAGGAGGUCGUUGUCGUGGCUAAGCUGAACCCCCUGGCAUCCGCUGCUGUUGGCACGGCCACCCUCAGUGCUGAGGCAUGGCAGGAGCCAGCAGAGUCGCAGCUCCCCAGACCAUCCCAGCUGGACGUGCAAGCACCCAGCACUGGCACCAACCUCCUCACCAUCCAGGGCCCGACCUCCGCCGCCUCCUGCUCCUCACAGAAGAGCCUGGCCUCUCAGGGGGAAGCAAGCGGGGACCCCUCCCCAGCUGACGGGAGCCGCACGGUCUCGCCUUUCGCCAAGAUCAGAAGUUCCAUGGUGCAGGUGGCCAGCAUGACACAGGCUGGACUGACUCAAGGGAUCAACUUUGCGGUGGCAAAGGUACAAAAGAGCCCUGACCCAGAGACAGUCAAUGAAAUGCAACAGAAUGAACUAAAAGCCAUGUUUACACAGUGCCAGACCAGGAUCAUCCAGAUCUAGUGAACCCAGCUGGCUCGUUGAGGAUUCCUCAUUGUAUUCUAUUAGGCAACAGUAGAAAUAAGCUUGCACAAGAGACAUACAGGCACAACCUGUAGCUAAAAAUCCAGCUCGAAAAUUCCCAGUAUGUUGACCAAUGUUUACAGCCAGUGUUGUGUGGUUGACCCAGUUCAAAGUGACUGUGCUCAGUACCCCACUGAAAUUCCAUCUGUUGAUUUGUGAUAUAUUCCAUUGGUGUUGCAUUGGUGUAGAAACAGAGGCAGAUCAAAGCAGGCCAGUUCAACUGCAUGCUUAUGAACAGUGGGGUUUGGCUUUGAAUUUGUCCUGUGACUUUGAUGUCUCCUCAAAUAUUUGUAGAACCAUUACAAAAUGAGAAGUGGGGAACACCAACCAGAAUCUUUCCUGCUUUCCUUUAGUGUCUCAGUAGUGUACUUUACCUAAUUUGCUCUGUUCUAAGACAAAAAGGACAAACUUAAAACAUAACUUAAAAUAGAAAAAUUAAAUGUUGAUGCCAUGCAUAUUAUUACAACAAAAGAGUGGGUCAUUCCAAGUGAAAUAAAAUGGCAAUUAUCCUCUACUUUAAUUUAAAAUAAAUUACUUAUUAACUUCAUGAGAGAUGGUACAAUUGGAACAAUUUGUACACUACAUAGAAGAUAAUUUGUUUAUAGAAGUCAUGACCUAGCUUUGACAGAGAACAGCUGCCGCCUGCACUGCAUUGAUCGAAUCCAACUUGAUGGACUUAGCAUAUGAAACUUAAAUACGUUUUCCCGUCUGGGUCAUCCAAACGAUUUGAACUUUAGGUUGAAUUCUUAAGAAUGUUUUAGUGCUUUGUAGCUUAAUUUUAAUAGGAUCUUAAUCAAGUGUCUCCCAAAGUUUCAUUCAUAGUAGGAAAUAGACCAUAUGCAAGUGCACUGGCUUGUGGAAAUAAACUAUAUGAUGUUCUAAAUGCACUCUGAAAUCUUCAUUCUAAGCCUUAACAUAAGAUAAUUUGAUAUCAUACGUAGUCAUAUUUCAAGGGUAUUAUCUAAGAUGGUGUCUAAGGUGGUAGCCCCAGAGGAAAUAUGUACAGGUACCAUGUAAAGUGAUUUAUUCUGUAAGCUUCAAUGACAGAGUGGGUGAGGCGGAUGCCUGUGGCAGAUGGCAUGGGCAGGGAGCUGUCUUGUACAGCGUUGUAGAGAUCUCAGCCUCUUAGUGUUUCUGUAGCAAUGUACUGACUCUUAAUAUCAAGUGCUAAACCACCUGAUGUUAACAUCCUCAUAUCAUGCUGACAUUUUCAGGUGUCACCAGCGAGGUAUUCGGAAGGCUUUUCAAUGUCCCUAGCUGUUUUUUUUUUAAAUUAUUCUUUAGUAGAGGCAGGAUUCUAAGCUGUAUUUGGGUGCACACUGAACAGUUACUCUUUUCAGUCUUGAAGGAUUUAAACCAUUCCCAGCUGAAUAAGGUACAUACUGACAGUGCAAGGAAAAGCAGUGCUUUCAAGUGCAUAUUCUGUUUCAUGGAAUGUAUGGGUUUUAUCUUUUGAGUCUUUGUUUUAUUUGUUACUUUUCAGUCCCAUGUUAGAUUUCUGUUUUUAUUCGGUUUCUUUCAGUGUGCUGGGAGAAAGGCUAUUCGUGCCAAGCAUCAUCCUUAAUCCUUAAGUGAUUUGCUGGCAGAUGCUGCUUGAAUGGGUAUAUAGGUGCAACUAAAAUUCACAACAGGGGCAAAUUCUUUCCACCGAGCAAGACAAUAUUUAAUAUGUAUAUUAUAUAUAGUAAUGUGUGUCCCCCCUUUUCCGUAAUAAACUGCUCUGGAUACAAAUACCUUACAUUAGAAAAUAGUGAGGCCUCACAGUGUAAUAGUUGCAGUUUAUAUGCACAUUCUCUGUCCUUCCUGUUUGUGUGGUUGUUGGUCAUGUCUCUCAUGGCAAAACACUGACAAAUAAUGUUUGCCUCUUGUACUAAAACUACUAUUGCUUAUUAAAAUAUCUUAUUUAUUCUCAUUUUAUCGCUGUGUUGUUUCAUCUUGGAGUGUCCAAUGAUUGUGGCAACUAAGUAGGAGUAACAGUAAUGUACUGUAAAUGAAUAUAUGUGAUGUUUAUGGGAUAUUUUAUGUAUUGCUGGUUAUUCCACUGAACAGUCAAAGCUGCCCUAACAACUCUCUCUCUGAACACUGAAAACACAGUAUCAUCACAUUAUCAUCCUGACCUUCUGCUGACAACAAAAACUCAGGAAAUGGAUUUGGGAUAACUUUAUAAAAGCUGAAGACAAACUUUAUGUA